UCUUUAUAAGCCAUCCUUUGCAGCACAUCUAGGUUAGUUUUUGCUUGUCUGUCGGUGUCGAAGAUGUCUGGUCGUGGCAAAGGCGGAAAAGGCUUGGGCAAAGGGGGAGCCAAAAGACAUCGGAAGGUGCUCCGCGACAACAUCCAAGGCAUCACGAAGCCGGCUAUCCGCCGUUUGGCUCGCCGCGGAGGAGUGAAGCGAAUUUCUGGCUUGAUCUACGAAGAAACCCGUGGCGUGUUGAAGGUUUUUCUGGAGAACGUGAUCCGCGAUGCCGUGACUUACACCGAGCACGCCAAGAGGAAGACCGUGACCGCCAUGGACGUGGUGUACGCGCUGAAACGCCAAGGUCGCACCUUGUACGGCUUUGGGGGCUAAUUAAUUCUACACAAAAAAGACAACAUAACGGCCCUUUUAAGGGCCAC